AUCAUUUCAAACGGAUAACAGAUCUAAUUUCCACCGUUUUUUUUCUUUUUCCGUUCUGAAGCUCACAGCAAUGGCGGAAUUAGCUCAAAAUCGAAGCAAUCAUGGAGAAGGAGAAGAAAACAACGAUUACAUGGGGAACCUCUCUCAGUUUGUUCCUCCAGAAACAUCAAUCUCUCCAAAACAUUCUUCAUCGAAAAAGGUUUCCAAUGCCAAAACCCUAGUGGUUCAAUCGUCAAAGAAGAAGGCCAAAACCCUAAAUUGGCAGGAGCACAGAAAGCUCGAAAGAGAGAGGAAGCAGAUAAAGGAAGACGAGGAAACCCUGGCGAGAGUAGAGGCCCCAAUUCCACAAUCCAACAUAGGGUUCAAAUUGUUGAAGCAAAUGGGCUACACACCCGGUUCAGCCCUAGGCAAAGGGGGUACGGGUCGGGCUGAGCCGGUGGGGCUCGAGAUUCGGCGAUCACGAGCCGGGAUCGGGCGGGAGGACCUGAGGAAGGAGAAGAGGAAGAGAGAGGAGAGGAAGGCAGAGAAGGAGAUGAGAAAUGAAGCGGCAUUAAUGGAGGAAUUUGGGUGUAGGAAGAAGUCUCAGUGGAGGAGUAGAAGAGUAUUUGUUAAUUUUAACAAGGCAAAAGCAGCUUUGGAUCAAUUGGAGAACAAGGAAGUUAUGGUGCCAAAGAAAGAUGAGGAAGAGGAAGAACAAGACCUAGAAGAUGAAGAAGAAGAGGAAGAGAUAACAGAAGAGUAUUUGCAAGAGAUAUUAAUGAAACUGAGAGAUGAGCAUAGAUACUGCCUUUUUUGUGGAUUCCAGUAUGAAUCAAUGGAGGUUCUCUUGUCCAAUUGUCCUGGAAUUGAUGAAGAUGACCACUAAUAUGAUAUUCUUUAUCAUUAUGUUAACAAAGUUAGUUUUUUAAUGCAAAGCAGCUCUCGUUACCAUGGAAGAUUUUGCAGGCAACUGAGUAAAGGAAAAAGGAUUGAAAAGAUAAUGUGAGCUCUUCAGAGAAGAAGUUUUUUAGAAGAGGCAGCCACAAUUGGCAGAAACCUUUUAUUUGUUGACAAUUAUUGUGGUAGAUUUUAUGUUUAUCGUAUACAAGAAUUAAAGUAAUAAGAAAGUCUAGAUUGAGCAGUGUUUUAUUAAUUAAUAAAUUAAUUAUUAAAAAUAACAAAAGGUUAUGAGCAA